AUGGCGCAGCAACAGUUCCUCCACCAGCGUCCCAUCCAAAAUCCAUUCUCAAACCCUUUCUCUUCUUCGCCUCUUUCAAAUUCUUCAAGCUCAAACCGUCCCAUCUCUGUGCUCAGCCGCAGCGGUCUCCUCCUCCUUCUCGCUCUCCUCGUUAUCCUCGGCGUAUUCUUACCCUGGGCAGGAUCUCCCUUGUUCCCGUUCCCAAACAGAAGCUCUUCUUCUUCGCAAUCCAAAUGGCGCGACUACUCACUCCCUCAAGCCGCCAAAUUCGCCGCCAAGAACGGCACUGUGAUCGUCUGCGCCGUGAGCUAUCCUUACUUGCCUUUUCUCAACAACUGGUUGAUUAGCGUUUCGAGGCAGAAGCAUCAGGACAAAGUCCUCGUGAUCGCUGAGGAUUACGCUACGCUUUACAAGGUUAACGAGAAGUGGCCUGGUCACGCCGUUCUCAUUCCUCCGGCGCUGGAUUCUCAGACCGCACACAAAUUCGGUUCCCAGGGUUUCUUCAAUUUUACAUCUCGGAGGCCGCAACAUCUCUUGCAAAUUCUGGAGCUAGGUUACAAUGUUAUGUACAACGAUGUUGAUAUGGUCUGGUUGCAAGAUCCGUUCCAGUAUUUGGAAGGAAGCCAUGAUGCAUACUUCAUGGAUGACAUGACUGCAAUUAAGCCAUUGGACCACUCUCAUGAUUUACCACCUCCGGGUAAAAAGGGAAGGACAUAUAUAUGUAGCUGCAUGAUUUUCUUGCGUCCCACUAAUGGCGCAAAGCUUCUAAUGAAGAAAUGGAUCGAGGAGCUUCAUGAUCAACCUUGGUCCAAAGCAAAGAAAGCAAAUGAUCAGCCUGCUUUUAACUGGGCACUUAACAAAACAGCUAAUCAGGUGGAUCUCUACUUGCUUUCUCAGGCAGCUUUCCCAACAGGAGGAUUAUACUUCAAGAACGCGACAUGGGUUAAAGAGACAAAGGGUAAACAUGUCAUAAUCCACAAUAACUACAUUCUCGGUUUUGACAAGAAGAUCAAACGUUUCCGUGACUUUGGUCUAUGGUUAGUGGAUGAUCAUGCUCUUGAGUCCCCAUUAGGAAAACUACAGUAA